UUUAGUGGUGUCUGUCUUGACAUUGGACAUUCGAAAUCAACAACAUUUACACGAAUAAAAAUACGUCGAAUUUGUUAAUAUGUUUGUUAUUUUGGAGGGAGUUACGAUCUUUUGACUUGACCCUGUGAGGAUUUUUAAAGACUUCGAGGGUGAUCUAGCAGCUGCCUGCGAUCCCUGCGAUGAAGAAAUCAAUAACCUUCGGUAAAAUCGGUUCAUCCCUGCCGACACCUGGAGCCCCAGCCCCCUCUCUACCAGUGGCCACUUCAGGCUUCGGUAAAUUCGGCAAAAAACCCCCGGAAAAAACGGCAACGGAAAUCGACGAGAUUCGUCCCGAGGACGAUGAGGAGUCCGACAGUCUCCGUAAAAUAAUGGGCAUGACGGGAUUCGGUAAAAAGGCGAAAGCCUUCGACGUCCAAGAGAUGAUGGAGAACAUUAAAAAAACGAUGAGGGCCUCCCAGCCGGAGAAAUCAGCUGACUCAUCGGAAAAAUCUCUCACACCCGAUGCCGACUCCUCCUCAUCCGAAGACGAAGUAAUCGGACCCCUGCCCCCCGCCCCCUCGACAGCCACCAAAGACUCGGAAAAUUCCGAUUCAAAAUCAUUGAUCAAUCAUAAAGAUUCAAAGACAAAAAUUUCCAAAGACUCCAAAGACUCCAGCGACUCCGAGGAUUCGGAUAGCUCAGACACCGAGGAGUUGAGCCCCAUGGAAAAAAUCCCGUGCAGUCACGAGGUCUCAAUGAACCACGGGACAAAAGCGAUAACAGCAGUGGCAGCAGAUCCAGCAGGUGCUCGUCUUGCCUCAGGAUCAGUGGACUACGACGUAAGUUUCUGGGAUUUUGCAGGAAUGGACUCAUCCCUGAGGAGUUUUCGCACCCUCCAACCCUGCGAAAAUCAUCCCAUCAAGUGCCUCCAGUACUCCAUGACUGGAGACGUUAUCCUUGUGAUAUCAGGCUCGGCGCAGGCUAAAGUCCUGGACCGUGACGGUUUCGAGAAGUGCGAGACGGUCAAGGGUGAUCAGUACAUCACUGACAUGGCGAGAACAAAGGGCCACACAGCGGGUUUAAAUGCUGGUGCAUGGCAUCCAUUCGUCAAGGAGGAGUACAUCACUUGCUCUCAGGACAGCACCUGCAGGCUAUGGAUACUGUACAGACCGAAGAGGCACAAGCAGCUGAUAAAGUGUCGAGCACAGAAUGGAGUAAAAACGAUACCCACAACUUGUGGCUACAGCAGAGAAGGAAAUGUUGUGGCCUGUGGCUGUAUUGAUGGCAGUAUCCAGAUGUGGGAUCACCGCAAGAACUUUGUCAACCCGUCGUUGAUCCUGCGGGAGGCGCAUCAGAAUGGAGCUGGAAUCUCCAGCUUGAGCUUUUCGUAUAUUGGGGAUUUGCUUACCACCAGGUCCUGCGAUGAUACUCUCAAGCUGUGGGACCUCAGGAGCUUUAAGAAACCUGUCUUCGUGGCUGACGAUUUGUUCUCCAGAUACGACACGACUGACUGCAUGUUCAGUCCUGACGACUCCAUGAUCAUCACUGGGGAGUCAUUGAAGAAGGGCCAGACUCAUGGAAGAAUUCUGUUUUACGACAAGAACAGUUUUGAAUUGGUGAACGAAAUUCGGGUUACGAAUUCUCACGUGAUUAAGACACUGUGGCAUCCAAAAUUGAAUCAGAUUUUCGUGGGCUGUGGGAAUGGGGUUGUCAAGGCGUAUUACGACUCGAAGAGGAGUCUCAGAGGUGCCAAGUUGUGUGUCGUCAAGACCCAUCACAAACAGAAUCACAUGGAGAUGAUGUCGACACAGCAGAUUAUCACACCACAUGCUUUGCCACUGUUCAGACAGGACAGGCCCAAGUCCGUGAGGAAGCAGAUGGAGAAGGAUAGGCUUGAUCCUGUUAAAUCCAGAAGACCGGAUCUACCCAUCACCUCGGGACAGGGGGGCAGGGUUGUGUCUUCUGGGGGCACUCUCAGCUCGUAUGUCAUCAGGAAUCUGGGGCUCAGUAAAAGGAUUGAGGAUGAUCAGGAUCCCAGGGAGGCUAUUCUCAAGUUCGCCAAGGAGGCUGAGGAAAAUCCUUACUGGAUUGCUCCGGCUUACAAGAAAACCCAGCCAACUACCAUUUUUCAGAGCGAUGAAACCGACAGUGGACCCUCCAGCAAGAAACCUAAACUGUAGGGGUUCUCUCUUAGAUUUGGCGAUGUUUUAGGGAAUUUUAUGCGAAAUUCCUUUACACAAUUUAAAACUUUUUAAUUUUGUAAUAUUUAAAAAAAAACUUGAGUCUUAAGUUGAACUUUUCCAUGAGAAAUGAUGGAAAUGAGAAUUUGAAAUUAAAUAGAAAGUUACGGGAA